AGAAGGUGUUUGCCAGCCUCCCCCAGGUGGAGAGGGGCGUCUCUAAAAUUAUCGGCGGGGACCCCAAGGGCAACAAUUUCCUGUACACCAAUGGCAAGUGCGUUGUCCUGAGAAACAUCGACAACCCUGCAGUUGCUGACAUCUACACGGAGCAUGCGCACCAGGUGGUGGUGGCCAAGUACGCGCCCAGCGGGUUCUACGUGGCCUCUGGAGAUGUCUCCGGGAAGCUGAGGAUCUGGGAUACUACGCAGAAGGAACACCUCCUCAAGUAUGAAUAUCAGCCUUUUGCCGGGAAGAUCAAGGACAUUGCCUGGACUGAAGACAGUAAGAGGAUCGCCGUGGUCGGGGAAGGAAGGGAGAAGUUCGGAGCCGUCUUUCUGUGGGACAGUGGCUCUUCCGUGGGUGAGAUCACAGGACACAACAAAGUCAUCAACAGCGUGGACAUCAAGCAGACCAGGCCGUACCGGCUGGUGACGGGAAGUGAUGAUAACUGCGCCGCGUUCUUCGAGGGGCCUCCGUUCAAAUUCAAGUUUACCAUCGGCGACCACGGCCGCUUUGUUAACUGCGUGCGAUUCUCCCCUGAUGGGAACAGAUUUGCCACGGCCAGUGCUGACGGCCAGAUAUUCAUCUACGAUGGGAAGACAGGAGAGAAAAUAUGUGCUCUGGGAGGAAGCAAGGCUCACGAUGGCGGGAUUUAUGCUAUUAGUUGGAGUCCUGAUAGCACCCACUUGCUUUCUGCUUCGGGAGACAAAUCCUCCAAGAUUUGGGAUGUCAGCGCAAACUCAGUCGUCAGCACGUUUCCCAUGGGCUCCACUGUUCUGGACCAGCAGCUGGGCUGCUUGUGGCAGAAGGACCACCUCCUGAGCAUCUCCCUGUCAGGCUUCAUCAACUACCUGGACAAGAACAAUCCCAGCAAGCCCCUUCGGGUCAUCAAGGGUCACAGUAAAUCGAUCCAGUGUCUGACGGUGCACAAAAACGGCGGCAAGUCUUACAUCUACUCUGGGAGCCACGACGGCCACAUUAAUUACUGGGAUUCGGAGACCGGUGAGAACGACUCCUUCUCUGGGAAAGGCCACACGAAUCAGGUGUCCAGGAUGACGGUGGAUGAGUCAGGACAGCUGGUCAGUUGCAGCAUGGACGACACCGUACGGUACACCAACCUAGCACUGCGGGACUACAGUGGGCAAGGAGUCGUGAAGCUGGAUGUCCAACCCAAGUGCGUGGCCGUCGGCCCCAGAGGGUACGCCGUGGUCGUGUGCAUCGGGCAGAUCGUCCUGCUGAAGGACCAGAGGAAGUGCUUCAGCCUGGACUGCCCUGGCUACGAGCCCGAAGUGGUGGCAGUGCACCCCGGCGGGGACACAGUGGCCAUAGGGGGAGCGGAUGGCAAUGUCCGCAUCUACUCCAUCCUGGGCACAACACUCAAGGAUGAAGGCAAGCUCCUGGAGGCCAAGGGCCCUGUGACGGACGUGGCCUACUCCCACGAUGGCGCCUUCCUUGCCGUGUGCGAUGCCAGCAAGGUGGUCACUGUAUUCAACGUUGCUGAUGACUAUUCGGAGAACAACGUCUUUUAUGGACACCAUGCAAAAAUCGUGUGCCUGGCCUGGUCACCAGACAACGAACACUUUGCCUCUGGCGGCAUGGAUAUGAUGGUGUACGUCUGGACCCUGAGCGACCCGGAAACCAGAGUCAAGAUCCAAGAUGCGCACCGGCUGCACCAUGUCAGCAGCCUAGCCUGGCUGGAUGAGCACACGCUGGUCACGACCUCCCACGACGCCUCUGUCAAGGAGUGGACAAUCACCUACUGAGGGUGCCCCGCCCGCCCGAGGGACCGAGUCAGGGACUAGAUGGAACUGCCGCGGAACAUACUUCUCUAACCAUUUCUGUAACCGCUCCUCCCCACCCCAGGAGGGAGGAGGGCCGGGUACCCUCGUUUCUCUUCAGGGUGCUCAUGUCUGUACAUGACCUUCUGAAAGCUUUAGACAGUAACAGUUUGCACAUAAAAAAUAAAGCAAGCACUUAAACAACUUGUGGAGCGUAACUAAAAACCCACAGCCCAGGCAGACCUGAGAACGCGGAACAUUCCAGAGGCCCCAGCCUCCGAAGCACAGAGCCCCGCCCCCCUGAGGCUGCUGCUGUCACUCGGGAGACUGGGCAGGGAGUGAGCCACGGGUACCCUUUGGCUGGGCAGGAAGUCCCUGCUCCAGGAGGGAAGGGCGCUGCCCCUGGGCGAGCCAGUGGUCCAUAGAGCAGGCAUCUGAGCCCCAGGGCACAUGCAGCCACCUCCAGGAAGCUGCCCCAGCGCUCACAGGGACACGGUCAACCCUGGAUGUAUUUCACUGUCAGAUUUUGUGCUUGGUUUUAACGAUGGAGUUGUGGGAUGAUUUUUUUUUUUUAAUGUACCUUUAACUGUUGACUGUCCGUGUUCCCGAGCUGGUCACUAACCGCACCGUGUCCAGGUGUGCAGAGCUCUGUCACCGGACCGAAGUGUCCUGGUCGCCACCAUUUUUGUGCUUUGAUGUUUUCCUGUCUCUGCCCCCAAGAGCAAAGAUUAAUUUAAGGGCAAAGAUGAAAUCACUGUAAUCUAAUCUGUCAUUGUUUUUACCUGCGUUUUCUUUUUCAGUGCAGAAAUUAAAAGUAAGUAUAAAGCACCGUGA